CACCGAAGGCUUACACUGCCAGCCAGGGGGCCGGUAACACCAGGUUGGAUGUAGAGUCUAAACUUCUUCCGGGUGUUCCUCUAAAACAUUUCUUCUUUCUCUGUGUAUUUCCCCUGAUGGAAGAUCAGCCGCAGUUCGUGUUCUGUGGUUCAUGCUGAAGAGCUGCUUGGAAGAGGUGGUGAAUGAGUGAAGAGAAACGUUUGGUGAUAGUUCAGAUGCGGGAAUUGCCCCGGAUGCGGUUGCUGCUGAUGCUGCCCUGGGAAAAUGCCUUGACAGGGAAUUAACACUGUUCAGUGAUGGGCUGUGGGACAAGCAAAGUGCUUCCCGAGCCCCCCAAAGAUGUGCAGCUCGACCUGGUUAAAAAAGUGGAACCGUACACGGGCCACAAUGACAUCUACAAGCAUUUCAUCAAAGAUGACUGCGGGACCGUUAUCAAAGCCGGCUCUCCCUCCCCUCCCCGCCACGCCAACCCCUACCCUGGGAACCACCUGCCCACCCUCGUGGACCAGCUGGAACCCCGCAGGAACAAAGUGGCUAAGUACCGUGCCAAAUUUGACCCCCGAGUGACGGCCAAGUAUGACAUUAAGGCCUUGAUCGGGAGGGGGAGUUUCAGCCGCGUGGUGCGGGUGGAACACAAGGCUACCAAGCAGCCCUACGCCAUCAAGAUGAUAGAGACCAAAUACCGGGAGGGGAGGGAGGUGUGCGAGUCGGAGCUCAGCGUGCUGCGCCGGGUCCGGCACACCAACAUCAUCCAGCUGAUCGAGGUGUUUGAGACCCAGGACCGUGUCUACAUGGUGAUGGAACUGGCGACGGGAGGAGAACUGUUUGAUCGAAUCAUCGCUAAAGGUUCCUUCACCGAGCGAGACGCCACGCGGGUGCUGCAGAUGGUGUUGGAUGGCGUCAAGUACUUGCACACCCUGGGAAUCACGCACCGGGACUUAAAACCAGAGAAUCUGCUGUACUACCAUCCGGGAACGGACUCCAAAAUCAUGAUUACGGAUUUUGGACUGGCAAGUGCUCGGAAAAAGGGAGAUGACUGCCUGAUGAAAACCACGUGCGGGACUCCGGAGUACAUUGCUCCCGAGAUCCUGGUCAGGAAGCCCUACACGAACUCUGUGGACAUGUGGGCGCUGGGUGUUAUCUCCUACAUCCUCCUGAGCGGCACCAUGCCCUUUGAAGAUGACAACCGCACCCGUUUGUAUCGGCAGAUCCUGAAAGGAAAAUACAGUUACUCAGGCGAGCCCUGGCCCAGUGUGUCCAACCUGGCCAAGGAUUUCAUCGAUCGGCUGCUCACGGUGGACCCCAGUGACAGGAUGACGGCCCUCCAGGCCCUGAAGCACCCGUGGGUGGUCAGCAUGGCAGCCUCUUCCUCCAUGAAGAACCUACACCGUUCCAUUUCCCAAAACCUUCUCAAGAGGGCAUCUUCCCGCUGCCAGAGCACCAAGUCGGCGCAGUCCACCCGCUCCAGCCGUUCCACCAAAUCCAACAAGUCACGGCGGGUUCGGGAGCGGGAGCUGCGGGAGCUCAACCUGCGCUACCAGCAGCAGUACACUGGCUGAGCGCUGGGCUGGGACCUGCCAGGCGUCUUUCCAGAUGUCUUCUCUGUCCCUCACCAGGUGAGGAACAUCCAGGUUCCUCCCUCCCUCCCUUCCUCCGGGUGUCCCCCCCCUGUGCGGAGGAAAGGGAAUGGCGUGGUGGCCAUCCCAUGGGGUCUCACGCAGGAAACGGGGGAGCCCUCGUGGGCUCAGAGCCUCGAGUAAUAACACAAAUUCAGGAGCCAUGUGGGGAGAAGAGUUCUUUCUGUAGCCCAGGAGCUCGGUUGUUCAUAGUUAUUUAUUAGUUCCAGAGCGUUAAGUUUCUCUCGCUUGCAUAUGAAAAAAAAAAAAAAGGAAAUCACUUUAUGGGUAUGUACAUGCACGUAUGUGUGUGCACAUACACGUGUGGGUGUGUAUAUGUAUUUAAAAAUUAUAUAUACACAAAUUUUGAGCUGGUUUAGUCAGACGGUGUGGUGCCUCUGCAGCGAAGCUGGGAUGAGUCACAGGCAGUUAGAAGUAGGGUAGCUGUGACUCACCGCCGGCGCGCUGCCCACCCGCUCCUCCUGAAGAGCAGCCAGACAGCACUUUUCCAAGCUGCGAGGUUUCCCCCAAGGGCUGCCAUCCUCCUGGUGACGUCAAGGGUGUGCUCAAGCUGUGCGAGGAGCUGCCGGGCAAAUUGACAACCGGGCUGAAGCGCUGCGGGCUCGGAGCUGGGAUCCGAUUCCUUUGAUCUGGGCUGGGUGGGUGCUCCUGAUGGAGGGGUGGGAAGAGGAUUGUUGUCCUGCCGGAAAUUCAUGGUAGGCAGAGAGAUGUCUUUGGCAAGGCAGGUUUUUGGGGAGCACCUUGCUGUCCCCCUUGAAUUAUCCUUCCCCUAUUUGCAGCAAGACCAGUGCCUGCCAUCCAGGGUUUGUUGUUCUGAUGGCCCUGUCAUGUCUGUGAUGUAUUACGUGUCCUGCACCCUUCAGACCAGCUUUACUGUCCAUGUCACUUCACCAGCACUUCGGUUCCAUGUAUUGCUCCCUGUCUGCAGAUUUUACAGGGUUCCCCUGCUUUGUGUGCCUGUCCUGCCUCAGUUCUGCUGUCCCUGCUCUGGAGCAAUGAAGUGGUGGGAUGAAGAGGUUGGGAUGGCCACAAAUGGCUCCAUAGCAUCAGGGUUGGGAUAGUGGUGCUACAUCUUGAGUAGCAGAGGUCCAGUCUGUGAUAAUGCCCUGGAGAUGUUACACAAACACCUCUGAGCUGGUAGGUGUGACAUAAAUCCAACGGGAAAAAGCUGCCUUUCGGGUUUCCUUGUGCUGGAUGGGUGAUGUGGGGGCCUCUUGUGAAGGAUCUCUUGGGGAAGGUGAGUCCUGUAGAGCUCAGCUUUGUGCAAGGCUCCUGACAUACCUCCCAAAUAGAGCAGCAGAGUGGGGCUGAUGGCACAGUCUCAGGGUGGAUUUGGCCUCUUGUGACAGCAGAGUCAAGAUCUGCAGGGAAGGAGAAUGCUGUUUUUUUUAAACUUUUCACAUGAAAAGCUGUACUUUUUGCUUCUUGCUGUGCACCUGGGAAGUACUUGCUUGUCUCUGAGCUGGAGGUGGAGGCUGUGCAAGCUCAAGGGGCUGGCGAGCAGAACCUUUCCAGCCAGGAUUGAUGUCUCUGCUGCUGUGUUUCAGUGUCAGCAAGGUUUUAAGUGGUUGGUCGCAUCUCCAGGGAGCUCUAACUCUCUGGCCGCAGCCCCUCUUGAUCAGCAAACAGCACAGGUUCGGUGGGAGAAGGCUGCAUUUUCGGUGCUAAGGUUAAAAAAAAAAGGGAAUCUCUAAGGAUGUGCCUCCCACCCCAAAGCUGGGAUGGCCCAUGGCCACUGUGAGCAGAGCUUGAUGUGCCCAGGCGUGCGGUGGGGAAUAUGCCAGAGGAAACCUGAGGACAGCCCGUAUGGGUAGCCGGGAUGAAUUCUAAAUCCUUCUAAAUGCGUGGUUUUGCAUGGUAUUUUGCAAACUCCGGGUCCUUUGCAGGCUGCCCUUCCUCUGAGUGCCCAUCCUACCCUAUCACACACAGUCUUUCUUCCGUCAGCAUUAAUGGAUACCACAGAAUGACCAAAAUUUGGGUUUUUUCAACUCUGUGGACUGCAAAAAAAAAGUGUUUCUUCUGCUUCUGUUACCUUCUCACAUAGUCUUCUCUGGUUUGUUACCAUGGCCUAUAAACUAGGUGUGAUUUCUGACAAAACAGGCAGCUUGCCUUAUUUUGCAUCGGAAACAGUUCAGUUCCCCUUGUAUUACUGCAAACAGCUCUUCAGGAGCAGCAACUGCUCCAAGGUGAGUAUCAGCUGGAAAACUGUUCUUCCCCGGUAGGUUGCGAGAUGGCAGGACGCGCUCUCAGAGGGCUCUUGGAGGGCUUCUGGUGCUGAGCUGCUGCUCAGAAGAGUCUUCUGCGUGUUUGGGGCAUCACACCCAGGCACUGUGAUCUCUCUUCCCUCCUGGGUGCUUUCACGUUUAUCUUUAAAAUAAGUGUUUUGCCCGUGUGAGGAGGUCAAACUGAUAAGCUGAGCCACGACCUCUAGAACCCCAGACCCUUUCCUUUAACCAACAGACCAUCGAAACGCACAAAUGUUGGGCAGAUGUCUGCUCACGCUGUUCCUUCGUGCUUUCCCUUGUGGGCAAUAAAUGAAGGUGGAAAGAAGGUGAGGACCUUGAGCUCUGGUCUGACCAAGCUUGAACAAGAAUAUUCUCAUCUGCGACAAUUUUUUGCUUUAUUGCUCUUUUCAGCCAAUUGGGUUUUCACCAGGAAGUGUUCCAAGCGGCGUGAUUCGUAGUGAGUUUGGGGUGGAGACAUACUUGGGAAGCAAAAUGUUGCUGUAUAGGUUCCUGGCACUGCUCUAUAGGUUCCUGGUUCAGUUUUCUGCAGUGAUGUGCUGCAACCAGGUGGUGAAUUGGCAGAAGGGAGAACCCUUCCAAUCCCUGAGCAGUACUGGGUGGCCGCAGCCUGCCUCUUUGGGGCAUGGAGAUGUGCUCCUCAGGCAUCCCACCUUUAGGGGAUCGCACCAAAGAGGACCAAGUCCAUCCCAUAAGGGGCUUUGGCUUUUUCUGGAAAAAAGGACCUCAAUUCUCUUUAGAAAUGCAAUAUUUUCUUGUUUGCAUGGAAAAAUCCAUGGAAGAAUGGGCAGAAUCUUUAUGGGCUUUCUUUCCAUCAUUUGAUUACAACACUCUUGGCUCGAUCCCUUUUCUUUUUCUAUAUUCAGUAUUUGCAGGAACCUAGAGAAUAACACGUGUGAGCAGAGGGGAGCCUGGCAGAGUCUCACUGGCAGCUCCUCCCGUGUCCCUUGGAGCCCUUGCUCAUAUUUCUGCUUUUGCUCUGGCUGGAAAACUGCGAUGCUACAUAGCAGGGUCCAGCUUAAGGACAGUUCCUUGGGUGCUUUUAUCCUUGCAGUUGUGUCACAUUUUCAGCUGGCCAGGGGGACAAGCAGUAGGUAGUUCAGGUGCCUUCAAUCUCUCCUCUAAGAAGCUCUUCACUGUGAAUUAUCUUGAUCAUCUGUCUGUUCCACGGGAGCAUCUCAGCUCUCAGUUUAUCUUGACUCUCAGGAGUUUACACUUUUCAGGAGUGCCUUAUUUGGGGGUUUUAGAAGCUAAAAUCUCUGAAGUGUCUUUUUUUCUGUUCAAUUUUUAAUUCUCUUUCUUUGGCUCUUAAUGGUGGUUCUUAAUUUGGCUCGUAGGGGUUUUUUGCAAGACUUCCUCUGGUACUGAACGAGCUGGUAGAACGCAGGGAACAAGUGCACGCUCCAGACCAUCGCUGAGUUGCCAUCUUCCUGUCAGCUGGGGUGCAAAUCUCUGUAAAGCACUGCUUUUGUUUUCCCUACUUCUGUUCAUACAACGGAAAUGAAGCUGGAAUGACACCUAGCGGCAGAUUUUAGGGUACCCUUGUCCAACUACAGCCCUCUUCUGGUUAUGCGCCCACUGUUUCAGGGUGAGAUGCUCUUUCCAAAGAGUUUGGUGUGCUGGGUGGUGGUCCUGAACCACAUCUGCAGUCCCAGAUGUUCGACAGCUCUCUCAGCGCGGCACCGUUUUCUCCUCUACUGUUGCCAAAGAACAGCAUUUUUAGCCCAAAUAACAGCAUUUUUAGCCCACCCCGCUGGAAGGGAUGCUCAGUGCUGGGGCAGAGACGUGUGUGGGUCACCCCCUGCAGUGUCUAAAGGAGAUGCUCACCAGCACCCUGCUGGGGUAACAUCUCGGGGGACACUAGGAGAAAGCAGAAGCUGAAGGUGCUGAGGCUGGAAGCAGUAGGUUUGGGACUUUCUCCCAUCAUGAGACGCGAUGGAGCAGCUCAGGGUGUUGCUUCCCAGCGUGUUCUGUUUCAGGGAAAUGCAGUUUUAAGGAGUAAGGGGAAUUACCAUUGAUUGUCUUUUGGAACUUAGCGGUACUGUGUAAAACAAUCCCACCCUUUCAUCCUGGGAGUCUGGCUGCUCUCCUGGGGGAGAGAAUUACGGCUUGAAAGAACGUAGCCUGUUGAUUCUUGAUUUUUUAAAAUUUUUUUUCUUUGAGGAUUAUUGGAAAUUAAUGUGAAAAGGUCUUCCAGAAAUAACAUUAGGUGGUCUACAGACUUGCAUCCAGAUUUUUGAGUACGUAAAGUACUUUUCUGUGUGUUUUGGUAAAACAGCAAUUACUUGUCCGUGUUUGAUUGACUUCUCACUCUUCUCAGGUUUCUAAAAAUGCAACAUGUCAACUCUGUGGUGGUAACCCUUCCCCUUCCUUCAAGCCAGCAGAAGUCUGUGCUGUUUAACACUGAGGUUGUGAGAGCAUCCAGAUGCUCCUGCCAGUUCCUGGACCGUGUUGUUUUUGGAAACGUACAGCCACUCGUGAGGGAAAGGUGUGGGGCCUUGUGGUGAGAAUACACCCAGACAGAAGGGCUCUGACCUGCUGGCUUUGGUGGUUGUGUGGAAACCUGCUGCAGUGUAGGGCUUGCAUUACCUGUUUGUUUUGGAAAUUAUAAACUCUAAAACUCUUUAACUUCAGAUAUUUUCUUCUUUUAGGUCAGGUGUUUUCUAUUCUGGUAAUUUACAUUCUUUCUUAUGCCCAGCUCCAUUUCUCAGUCCUGUUUUCUACCCUCCAUUUCUCAGUCUUGUUUUCUACCCCCCAUUCCUCAGUCCUGUUUUCUGCCGUGGUGUUGGGCUGAAGUACUUAGAGAGUCAACUUUUCCGCGAUGCACAAACUGGAAUAGGAAUGGUGGUUAACUCAGCUACUGGGCAGCAACUCUGGGUUUGGCCCUGCAGGAGCUGUGGUGAGUCCUGGAGCCGGGUAAAAGCAUCUGUGUGAUGCCCUGCAAGGUGGGAGAAGGCUCCCUCCCUCGCAGGACCCUGCAGUGCAGACUCAGCUCAAGAUUAUUUUAUACAAGCUAGGACAGCCAGUGCGUCGUGGCGGUUACAGGUCUCUUAUUAGACUAUGUGGGACCAUAUUCCUCUUUUAAGUGACCAUACUAAAGAUUUGGAAGGUUUGAGGCAGGGUAAAUUAAAAUCUCAACUAUUUUGACUUAAUUUAGUUUUUUUAAUGAUGCAAAGCAACACAGAGAUUGGCUUCCAGAGCCGGGGGGAGGAGGAAUCACCCUCUGGAGGAGCUGCAAACUGUUCUCUAGUGGCAACGUGAGCCCUUGGAUGUGCAGGGAGGGAGGUCGUGUCCUGGCCUCCUGCCAGCUCGGCUUCAUCCUGGAGAACAUCACCAAGUGCCUGUGCCCACUCAGUGCCAGAUACCCAACUCGCCUGUACCACUCUCGGGAGGUUUUUGGUGCUUUUUCUGACCACUUUCAGCCUGGAUUAAGGCGACAGCUCUCGAGUGCUGCGGAGGCAGGUUGCCUACGUGUCAGCUGUGCCCUUACUGAGCUGUCAAUUUGCCCCCCCAAAAAAAUGUGAAGCAGCAGGGACAUGCAGUGGCAACACAGCAUCGUGGAGCGUGGUACCUUCCCCCCUCAGUGUCUUCUGGGGUGGGGGGAGCUCUGCCAGCCCGCUGAUGUUUUUUCCUUCUCCCGCUGUCCUCUGCUGCGUGGUUCAUGCUGUAGAUAGAUCCCUUGUGCGACGGGCGAGCUACCAGCUGCUGUUGCAGGUAUCGUUGCGCUGUGGUUUUCUGCUGAACGUGGAGGAGGCUGGUUAGAAACCAGCAGCUCCAGCCAGCACGCCCAGAUGCCGUGAUGAGUGUUUCCUGUUGCCUUUCGCUAUGGAAAGACACCUCCCGGGAAGCUCUUGGGACCCGGAGGUCUUCCGGCACUUGUUGUUAUUUUUGGUUGCCAGAUUUCCGGUGCUGGGGUUGGAAUGGUUUGGAAGUUACUCGUGUCGUGUCCCGUUAGUCUCCUAACGAGCCUGUUCCGAGAAGUGUCCCAUCCUGCGACUUACCUUUGGAGUCCUGCCUUUCCAUUAAGGACUGUCCUAUAGGAUGAGGUCUGAACCAUUGUAAUGAGUCUGUAACGUUACGAUUAGAGUGUACAGAGUUAUUUAUUUUGUGUACUCGGUCUGCUCAACAUGUAAAUGUAUUCUGGGUACCCCCUGGCUCUGCUGUCGUUACUUCUGCCCAGCGGAAUGACUG